GUAACAAAUAACUAGUACUAGUCUACUAGAUCUAUCACUUAAACCGUCAAAUAAUCCUACUAGUCUACAAAGCUUGGGCACGCCGUUUCUUGACUUACCAAGCAUCCAGGUCUCUCGCCGGUCGGAACCGACCCUGGGGGCGAGGCGAGUCGACGCAUGUCUCUCUCACGCAGAGCCCAGAGGGGUCAAGAAAACGCAUCAGAGCCGUUGAUCCGUUCAACACCAUUGCACAGCCUCCUGCCCUUAUUAAAUGGCUCUGCUUCCACCCACCCUUAGAAGCCUCCCUCCGUUCGAGCCAUGGCUCCAGCGGCGAGCACGCCGGUCAAGUCCGUCCUCGUCCUCGUUUCCCUCGCCACGCUGCUCCUCGUCCUCGUCUCCGCCGUGGAGGGAUACAACGGCCGCCAUGCCGCCGCGCACUCGGCCGUGGCGCGGCGCUCCCGCCUGGGGAUAACCCGGCACGUGCACCACCGCCGGACCGCGACGCCCCACAGGUACGUCCUCGCGGAGAAGAGCAACAGGACCGAUGGCGGCGCCAAGAACCGCAGCGCGCCGGCGACGUCCAACGCCACGUCGCAGACGCCGGCGCCGCCGGCCGCGCCGAGCAAGCACCACCGCAGCCACAAGCACCGUGUCCGCAACUGGAUCAUCGGCUUCGUCGUUGGCUCCCUCGCCGGCGUCAUCUCCGGCCUGGUGCUGUCCGUGCUGUUCCGUCUCACGCUCAACUGCAUCCGCGGGCGGUACCGGUCGCGGUCCGGCGUAACGAUCUUCACCCCGAAGCUGAUCCGGCGCGCCGAGCACCUGGCGUUCCUGGAGAAGGAGGACGGGCUGGCGUCGCUGGCGGUGAUCGGCCGCGGCGGCUGCGGAGAGGUCUACAAGGCGCAGCUCCCCGUGGAGCGCGAGGGGGUGGAGCCCCGGUUCAUCGCCAUCAAGAAGAUCAAGAAGCAGAACAGCGACACCCCCAACAACCUGAGCGACGAGGAGAGCCGGCAGCUGGACAAGUGGUCCCGGCAGAUCCAGUCGGAGAUCCGCACCGUCGGCCACAUCCGACACCGCAACCUGCUCCCGCUGGCGGCGCACGUCCCCCGCCCCGAUUGCCACUACCUCGUCUACGAGUACAUGAAGAACGGCAGCCUGCACCACGCGCUCAAGGCCGACGCCGCCGGAGACGGCAGCAGCAGCGGCGCCGUUGGGCUCUCGUGGCCGGCGCGGCUCCGCGUGGCGGUGGGCGUUGCCGAGGGUCUCGAGUACCUCCACGUCUCGCACCGGCCGCAGAUCAUCCACCGGGACCUGAAGCCGGCGAACAUCCUCCUCGACGACGACCUGGAGCCCCGGAUCGCGGACUUCGGGCUCGCCAAGGCGAUGCCCGAACAGCACACGCACGUGACGGCGUCGAACCUCGCCGGGACGUGGGGUUACAUCGCGCCGGAGUACCACCAGACGCUCAAGUUCACGGCCAAGUGCGACGUGUACAGCUUCGGGGUGAUCCUGGCUGUGCUGGCGACGGGGAAGGAGCCGUCGGACGACUACUUCAAGGAGGUGGACGAGGUGGGGAUCGUCAGGUGGCUCCGCCGCGUGGUGCAGUCGGGGAACCACGCCGAGGCCAUCGACGCGGCCAUCGCCGGCGCUGGGUACGACGAGCAGAUCGUGCUCGUGCUACGCAUCGCCGUCUUCUGCACCCAAGACGACCCCAAGGAGCGGCCAAGCGCCAAGGACGUUCGGUGCAUGCUGUCGCAGAUCAACAACUAGUCGUCGAAUUGCUUGAGAAACUACGCAAUAAUUCAGUGUGCUUGUGGAAAAUAUGGCCAUAUUGUGGAAUCUUGCUAGUGCUGGGUCAAGUCGUCGCGUCAACUGUCACAGGUGGGGCCGGCAGACUAGGACUGGGCAUUUAAAGCAUGUUGGAUCAGGACAGAAAAAAUACGAAAGAGAAGUCAGCGCACGCGCUGGACUAGGACCGGCCGGGCGGGUGUAUAUCGCGUUUCUUUCUGUUUUUCAUUACUUGAAAGCUCGCGGGACUAGAGCUUCGGGUGCCGUUUGAAGAUAGGAAUCUGUGUUUAAAUACUAAUUAGAAGUAUUAAAUAUAGAUUAAUUACAAACUAA